AUGGAAAUGAGGUGGUGGCUGCGCUCGUGUAACGAGCUGCCUACGUACCCUGUUUUAGGGAUCAAGCUGGACGUAGUUCGAUUCACCGAAGUAGAUCGCAACCUCCUCCGCGUAUCUCGUCCACGUGCAACUACCGAUCCCGCUAUUUCCGGAUCUGAACAGUCGAAGCGAGAUUCUCGUUUGACUCGUUCAAACUCAGCUUGUGGACUCACUCCGUCGAGCUAG